AUAACCUGUUUCAAAAUAUAUUUGUUAUCAACAUUUUAUAAUUUACCAAGUAUGGGGUUUUGGUGCUGAAUAAUAUUGCCAUCAGUUAAAGCUCAACAUCGGUUUUUUCUUUUUAUUCUGAAUUAAAAGAUUAUUUAUUAUGUCAAAUCAUCUUAGUGGAGGUAAAGUAAACAUUGCUUUACUCCAAGACCAUUUGAGAAAACAAAUUUUAUACCUGAUUGAUAAAUGUAAUGGACCUAAGGCAAUCGUUUGGGAUGAAGCAUUGGCUGGGCCUGUUGGAUUGAUAUGCAAGUACAAAAUACUGUUGGAUCAUGAUGUUUCAAGAAUGUAUCCUCUCAAGUUUGGAAAGCUUCCUGUAACAAAUGUGAAUAACAUAAUUUUUAUAUCCAGACCUCAAAUACAUCUUAUGGACAUGAUUGCUGACAUUGUUCAUGAGGAAGAAAGAAGUGGGAUACGAAAAUAUUGCUAUUUGUUUUUUAUUCCAAGAAGAAGCCAACUUUGUGAAAAGAGGCUUAAAACAAAAGGUGUUUAUGGGAAUUUCAAUCUUAUAGAAGAUCUGCCAUGUGAUAUAUUUCCUUUUGAUAGUGAUGUUUUGUCUAUGGAAGUAGAAACUACUUUUAAGGAUUUCCAUCUAGAAAAAGAUCCAACUUCUUUAUACCAAGCUGCACAGGCUAUAUUUACCCUCCAGGAAUUGUAUGGUGUUAUACCUAAAGUGACUGGUAAAGGUGAUGCGGCUAGACAUGUUUGGAAGUUGCUUGAACGCCUAGACUUAGAACCAAGAACUUAUCCUAGCACUUCACAAAUUGACCACCUAAUACUUUUGGAUAGAACUGUUGACUUGCUCACACCUUUAGCUACACAACUUACUUAUGAAGGACUCAUAGAUGAGUUGUUUGAAAUAAAAAAUACUACUGCUCACUUCCCUUCUGAAAACUUUGACACUGAAGAUGAAAAAGAUAUUAUGUCAGAUAAAAAGCAAGUUAUUUUAAAUUCAGCUGAUGAACUAUUUGCUGAAAUUAGGGACAAAAAUUUUCUUGCUGUAGGUGCUGUUUUAAGCAAAAGGGCUAACAUGAUUAAAUCAGAGCUUGAGGAAAGAAGUGGAAUGGGAAGUGUUGAACAGAUGAAAGUUCUUGUUGCAAAGCUUCCUCAUAUUCUAGCUAUAAAGAAAUCUCUUGGCAUUCAUACUCCAAUUGCUGAGCUUAUAAAGCAAGUGACUGAUUCAAGUGAGUUCCUUGAUUCCCUGCAGUUAGAACAAGAACUGAUGUUGGGUGUUGAUACUGACAGAGUUCAGUCUCACAUUGAAGAUUGUAUUGCUCAUGAGCAACCUCUCAUUAAAGUUCUUAGACUUAUAUGUAUGCAGUCUGCUACAAACAGUGGGUUGAAACCAAAGGUCUUGGAUUAUUAUAAAAGAGAAAUCCUUCAUACUUAUGGUUUUGAACAUAUACUUACUUUAACAAAUCUUGAAGAUGCUGGCUUAUUGAAAGUGCAGCAAGGUUCUCGCGGUUAUACAGUUCUAAGAAAGACUCUAAGAUUGACUGUGGAGGAUGGUAGCGAAGUGGCACCAGUUGAUAUAAAUUAUGUCCAUAGCAUUUAUGCCCCACUUAGUGUGCGCUUGGUGCAACAUAUUGUAAGGCAUGGAGGUUGGGGAAAUCUGACUGAUGUUUUGUCUUUGCUUCCUGGACCGAUCCUAGAUGUUAAACAAUCAUCUAGAUAUUGCAGUCAGAAUAGGAGAAGUAAUCAUCUGUAUUUAUAUUUGUUGUUUAUCAGUAUCUUAUUGACUUUGGUAUUCUCCCUAAAAUUGAUCAAAAAUUGAUUCCUAAUUAAAUCACUGACUUAAAUUUUUCAGUAAUUUUCUCUGUAUGAGAUAUAGAUUAAAUUGUUGUUUCAGGAGCAUCAGUUGGAAGUCAAACAUCGUCUAUCAAUGACAGUCCGAAGGUCGUUCUGGUAUUUUUCUUAGGAGGUUGUACAUAUGCUGAAAUAUCAGCGCUCCGUUUCCUGUCCCAACAGGAAGACUCCAAUGUUGAAUUUGUGGUCGCUACAACAAAACUUAUCAAUGGGAAUAACUUCAUUAAAUCACUCAUUGAUCCAAUAGAGUCUUGAAAUCACCUAAAGAAACAGUUCUAUAUGUAUGACUUUUAAAAUGUUUUGUAAUGUAUAGGUAUGUAUGUGUACCUAAUUCACUGUGAAUAUGUCGGAACUAAAAAAUUUGUUGUACAUGAUUUUGUGUAUACAUACAUUUGUAUUUGUUGGUAUAGAUCUAUUUUAUAUAUUUUUUAUUUAUGAAUGAAUUUGUUGUAUAUACAUGUUAGAAUAGUUAAAUAUUAUUUAUUUAAAUAAAUACAAUAUAAAUUGUUAAUUCAUUCCAUAACUAUAUCACUAUUGUAUAACUUUUUUCUUGUAUUAUUAAAAUAAAAUAAAUUGAUGUACAUAUUGGAAAUGUAUCAGUCUUAUUUCACAAUUUAUCUGCCUUUGGUUUAUGUAUGCUUACUUUUUUGUCACAUUUUCGUGUUUGAAAGUAAAGGUAUAUAAAUAAAGGUGAUAGUAUUUUGUUUUAUGA